UCAGCCAGUCACUAAUCUGAACGCACGGGCGCCAUUCGUCGCGCGCACCGACGUUUCGCGCGGUCAAUUUAAAAUAGGUAUUUAAAGAAAAUCAUUCCAUUUUUUCAAUUCAGAAAUCAAAUAUGCCUAAAAAGAAAUAGGGAGUUUUAUAAACGUGAUAUUUUCUAUAUUUAUUGUAAGUUAUAACUGAAAAUGUGUUAACUGGCAGUGUUUAAUGACUUGUCGCGUAUCGGAUGAUUAACGCCGUUUUCGUCAGUCUGUGAUAGCGUGUUGUGAAGCUAUUUAAAGUGUUAAACUUUAUAACUUUAAAAUUGUUUCGUGGAAUAGUUUUCGCGAAACGCUGAAAGAAACAUUCUUUAUGAUAGGUCCAUAUAUGAAGUGUCAACAUUUUUAUCCCAAACAUUAUGAUUUACAAAUGGAUAUUAUGAUAAGAGUGAAGUGUUGUCAAGAAACUAAGAAUCCAAAGUGACGAAGUGAUUCGGGUGUCUGUUUUGUUACGUUCCGUUGCUUUAGAAUAAUAAUCAUGUCAGAUAAAACGUCUUCGUCUGUUGGACCGAGGAGUUUCGAGACGAUCUCCGAGGAGGAUGGUGAAUCGCCGUGGGAUAAACUAUUAGGUGAUGUGAAGGCUGCUGUACCGACGAUAAUAACGACCAACCCGUCAACCGCGACGAUGUCCCCAAGUGGAGAUGUGUCUCCGCCCCGUGUGGACCUCGAGUCGGCCCUAACGCGGUCCAAAAGCCUUAACCAGCGCAGAAACAGCAGCGGUCUUCUCGCUACAAUUCCGAAACAGCUCAGACUGUCCCUCCGCGGUGUGCGCAGUGAACCUUCUAGUGUCAAAGACGCGCCAACCAGCAGAAAUGAAAGUGCCCUCAAUCUGUUACUCAAAUACCGCCAAGCCAGAUACGCAGCGAGACGCGUGAGAAAGCGCGUUAUUUUCAAGCACGGAGAUUGUAAUGUAGUCCAAUGGAACGUGGCUAAGCGCAGGCGCCGAUACCUUCAGGAUAUUUUCACAACCCUUGUGGACGCACAGUGGCGUUGGACGUUGCUCGUGUUCGCUCUAUCCUUCAUCCUUUCCUGGCUCCUGUUUGCUCUCAUCUGGUGGCUCAUAAUCUUCACCCACGGUGACUUGAAUCCUUCCACUAACUCCAAUGAAACCUUUAUUCCCUGUCUUAAUAAUGUCAACUCCUUUACUGGCUGCUUCCUCUUCUCUGUGGAAACACAACAUACAAUUGGUUACGGCUCCAGGACAACAAAUGAAGAAUGCCCCGAAGCGAUUUUUGUUAUGUGUCUUCAAAGCAUUGUCGGUGUUUUCAUUCAAGCUUUUAUGGUUGGCAUCGUAUUUGCCAAACUCUCUAGACCUAAAAAACGAGCCCAAACUUUAUUGUACUCCCGCAACGCAGUCAUUUGCCUACGUGAGGGUCAACUGUGUCUGAUGUUUCGUGUUGGAGAUAUGAGGAAAUCUCAUAUCGUUGAGGCACAUAUAAGAGCUCAGAUUAUUCGCCGCAAGGUGGGUCUAAUAUUCGCAAAGCUGGCUCGAGCCAAAAAGCGUAACACUACACUUCUGUUCUCGAGGAACGCGGUAAUUUGCCUGAGAGAUGGCGAGUUCUAUCUUCUUUUUCGGGUCGGAGACAUACGCAAAUCUCAUAUUUUGGAAGCGCAUGUUCGUGCUCAAAUUAUUAGAAAAAAGAUUACCAGAGAAGGAGAAUCAUUACCAUUCUAUCAACAAGAGUUAAAAGUGGGAGCUGACGGGGAAGAAGACAGAUUAAUGUUCAUUUGGCCCAUGACGAUAGUUCACAAGAUCAAUGAAAAGUCACCGCUAUACAACCUUUCCGCCUCGGAUAUGUUAAGAGAGAGAUUCGAAAUUGUAGUUAUGUUAGAGGGUGUCAUAGAAUCAACUGGUAUGACAACACAAGCAAGGAGUAGCUUUUUACCAUCUGAAAUUUUGUGGGGACAUCGAUUUGAAACUAUGGUAUCUUUUAGAAAGGAUACUGGUGAAUAUGAGGUGGACUACACGCGUUUCAACAACACAUAUGAAGUGGAUACGCCGCUCUGUUCCGCGAAACAACUCGACGAGCUUCGAGCAACCGUCUCCACUUCACAGAAAUUAGAUCGUAUGCUCGGCACCAUUCCGAAAACCUUCUCCAACGACACCUUAGACAUGAGCUCCGUCGAUUCCAUGUCCCUAGACGAGCACAUAGAAAUAAAGAUUCCAGAGUCAAGGGCAAAGGAAAACAGACUCAUGGCACAAAACAACUUUGUCCAACAUAUCAACGAGAAGUGUAGAAAUGCAAGUCACACACAUUUAGCAGUCGAAAAUGAUUUACAGAAAAUAAAUUCCGCUGUCAUGACGGAGAGAGAUGGUCAUAUUCAUAGGAGUAAUAGCCACGCUAGCAUGAAGAGGUUACAUGGUCCAACGCUUAAUGGCGUCGCUCAUAUGGCGAAUGGCCAUGAUCAUAGGGAACAUAAUAGAAUCAAAAAAUCACCAAGUGACAACCAUAUAACCGAUAAAGCUUCAGUAAUCCCGAUUCUGGUGACGUCACCGGCGCCGGAGCCUGCUUGACGACCGCCCACCCCUCGGUACAACUCUGUUUCCAAUUGUAAUUCACCAUCCACUGCGAUUUAUCACUCAAGUUAUUACUUACCCACCCUUAGGGAAGUACCUUCUACCUAUUUACACUUACCCGGUGACGUACCAUCAGUUAGUUAUACACACUUACCCGGUUCAAGUUUACCUUCUACAAGUUAUACAAACUCACCUCAUAAUGAUUUAGUAUCUGAAAGUUAUACAUACUCACCAAGUCUAUAUAACUUACAUUCGACGAGUUAUACGAACUUAUCCGGCCAAAGUGACGUGCCUUCUACAAGUUAUACAAACUCACCCAACAAAAAUGAUUUAAUUAAAACACCUGCUAAUCGUUUGGUCGCUAGUAAUUUAUCUUCUGAAAGACAUGAUACUUUGACGAUUAAUUCUACUCGUAAACUUCACGUUAGGUUUUCUAAUAAUGAAAAAGACUAAAUCAAAUUAAAUAAAAAUGUGGCCAGAAUUAAUCAAUCUUAAAUCUUGUUUACUUUGGGAUGUUUUAUAUGUACUCAAUCAUUUAUAUGGGCUUAGUAAUUCAAAAUUUUGAUUUACGUGUUAGUACAUUAAUAUAACAUAAUCGAAUAUUAAAUGUAUUUAAAUUAAUUAAUUUUCGUAUUUGAGGAGCGCUCUAUGGGCAUAUUUGGAACAAUACGAAAGCCAUUUAGAAUUUGUUAGGUACUGUAUAAAAACGAUGAUUGAAGCUGUAAUAUGGUCAUUAUUAUAUUGACGUAUUGUAUCGUAAAGUACGGACGUAUAUUCGAAAAGUUUUGGUAUAGUAAACUACACCGCCUGAAUCGAAUACUAGACGAAUAUAUUUGUACGGGAACAAAUGCAAUUUCUAAACGUAAGCAAAAAUACCGGAAAUAUUUAAGAUUAUAGAAAUAUCUUUUUCGUUUUUAAUGUACCAAGUGUCUGGCCUUAAGCCAACAUUCUCUACGUAGCAAUUUAUAUAAAAACGAUAGUGUAAGUCAUCUGAAUACAGCGUCACCGACCUAUGGUCCAAGGGCAACCUUAUAUGGAGAGGAAAAUAAUAAAAAUAUAAAGCACAAAUAUUACAACAUUCUUAAUCUACUUUCAAUUAUAAUUAUUAAAAAUGGUUAACUAAAACAAAUUUUAAAAACUUUGGUCCUUGUGUAUAUGUGCCAGCAUUUUCACUGCUGAAAGCUGAAGCAUGCGAAAGUUCUAGCAUUUUUUGAAAAUAAUUUUAGAUUAAAAAACGGAUGACGGUAUAAAUAAUUUGGGUAAAGAAACCAUAAUGAAUUAACACGAGUAAAAUAAAGUAAGUAAAAAAGUAAAUUUUUGUAUAUUUUGAACGCGAUUGUUUGGCCAUUUAUAGCGCGCUCUACAGUUUCGAUCUCUUGCUUUAGUAACCAUCACAGCUUCAUUAUAAAACCUAAAAAGUAAGUACCGUUUUUGUUAUCAUAGUUACUACCUGUUAUAUGGAAACAAAUAGCUAAAUUUUACUUACGAUUUAAAAAGUUUGUAGAGAAAUUGUUGUAUUAACGACAAAACAAAAUACAUAAAAUUGGUCCAUUCUGAUUAUUGAAGGUGUAAGUGAAUUUCAAGAAUAAAUUGUUCGCAGUGGUGGGCUAUACCUAACAAUGCAUCUUAUAAUUUCUUGGUUUGGAACAGGGUUGGACAUAGAAAAGUAUUUAUUAAUUUAGAGAAAUUAAACAUAGGGCUAACGGAAUUUUAUUGAAAUAUUGUUUAAAAAACGAUUAUUACUAAUAAAUUUCAUCCUUAUGUGUAGGUUAAGGCUUCUAGAUUUAGAAUUUCUAUCGCCAGUCAAACUAUGGAUAGAAAGCUUCCAUUAAUUAGUUCAAUAUCCCUUUCUCAUACAACCGAAAUUCAAGAUUUUUGUACUGAGGCCCGUAUUCUAGAACGCCAAACUUAAAUGUCGUUUGAAGAGCUGUCAAACCAUCAAUAGAGGAGGUCUUAAUUUCCAUUUCAGGACCAGUUCAAUUUCUUAUGAAUAAUUUUGUUUCUAAAAAACGGUAUAAUGUAAUGAAUUAAUAAAUAUUUUAUUAGUAUUAAUAAAUUUAAAAUCUCCUCUAACAAUGGUACACUUUCGUAGAUAAUUGUUUUCAUAAGUUAUUUUUGUAAUAUUACAAAAGUGCUUCAAUAGAUAAAUUUAUUCCUAGGCCAAAUUAUACGAAUUUAUUAAGGAAAUGAAGUAUUAAAUGUUAUCCAAAUAUAAGUGAAUAAUGAAUAAAUUGUAAAUUUAAAUUGUAUACACUAAUUCUAAAAAUGAUAUUUAUGUCAGGUUACAACAUAAUAAAUUGAUAUUUUCGCUAUCUAUGUUUAAUGAAAAAAUGUAAUGAUCAAUAUUCGUCUUCCAAGGAAUAAGGACUAGAAAAAGUCUUAAUAUUAUCAAAUGUUGAAAUUUUGUAUUAAUGUUGUUGAAUUAAUGUAUUUCCUAAAAUUGUAGUAUUUAUGAAUUCAGAAAUCAAACUAUGCGCGGUGCAGGCGCCGUUUAGUAAUGCUUAGUCCAAUGUGAUGCUUUUAUUGAAAUCAAUUACGAUUUAAUGUUUUAGAAUGAUUUCAAAAUACAAAUAAUAAAUCAGU